AUGUCGGAAAAGCCAUUACAAGCAGCGAGGAUAGUGUCGAGUGUUGCAGCAACCUGUAUUGCAUUGGCAUGUGGAACGAACUAUGCUUUCUCCAAUUGGGGCCCGCAGUUCGCUGAUAGAUUGAAGUUAUCAUCAACACAGAUUAACUUGAUAGGUCUAUUUGGAAAUCUGGGAAUGUAUGCAUGUGGCAUACCAAUUGGAUUAUUGGUGGAUGGAAAGGGGCCUCGACCAGCCGUUCUAUUGGGAACGGUUUUGCUUGCCGCGGGAUACUUUCCACUAUAUCAAGCAUAUGAUAAAGGGUCCGGAUGGUUACCACUACUUUGUUUAUAUUCAUUCUUUACCGGACUUGGAGGGUGUGCUGCCAAUGCAGCUGCCAUUAAGACUUCAGCUCUCAACUGGCCACACAACAGAGGUACAGCGACAGCUUUCCCACUGGCCACUUUCGGGCUCAGUGCAUUCUUCUUUUCUGCAUUUACUGCAUUUACAUUUCCAGGGGAUGCGGGACAUUUCCUGUUAGUCCUGGCCUGUGGAACCAGUGGAACAGUAUUUUUAGGAUUCUUUUUCCUACGAGUGAUACCACAUGCCCAUUACUCGGCUCUUCCCGGCCAUAAUCGAUCCGAUUCAAAUCGACUACAUCGCACAAAAUCAGAGGAUAGUAGACGUGCAGAGAGAGAUAUCUUAGAGGGUGAACCUGGUAUGUUAUCUCCAUCUGUUGCGUCUUCGGGCAAACAUCAUAUCCUAAACCAUCAUGUGAUAGAGGCAGAGGUACCCGAGAACGGCGUCACGUCCGAUACCGACGAAACCUCCUCCUUGAUGUCUAGAUCCUCCGAUGAAGAAUCUCGAAAAAAUGUAGACGAAACUGACAAGAAGGAUCACGCGCAUCGUGUAGAUAUUCGAGGACUGCAACUAUUCAAAACAGUCGAAUUUUGGCAAUUGUUCGCUUUGAUGGGGAUACUCACAGGCAUUGGAUUGAUGACUAUCAAUAACAUCGGAAAUGACGCACAAGCACUUUGGCGACAUUGGGAUGAUUCAAUCCCAGAAGAGUUCAUCAUACAUCGUCAAGCAAUGCAUGUAUCCAUCCUUUCCGUUUGUUCAUUCACUGGUCGUCUCCUUUCUGGAGUUGGUUCAGACUUCCUCGUCAAGGUCCUACGCUGUAGUGGUCUAUGGUGUCUAACUCUCGCCUCUCUGAUCUUCUUCGUCGCUCAAAUCGCUGCUCUCAACACCGAGAACCCACACCUCCUAUUUCUUGUCUCUUCAUUCACUGGUCUCGGUUAUGGUUUUCUCUUCGGUUGUUUCCCAUCUCUCGUAGCUGAGGCUUUUGGUGUUCAUGGUCUCUCCACAAACUGGGGUUUCAUGACCCUCUCCCCAGUCCUCUCAGGAUACAUCUUUAAUCUUUUCUAUGGCACAGUUUAUGAUCGUCAUAGUAUUGUGAAAGAUGGAGGUGUGAGGGAAUGUACCGAGGGCUUGCAAUGUUAUCGCAGCGCAUAUUUGGUUACUGUGGCGGCGUCGGUUUUGGGCUUGUUGGUUAGUUUGUGGUGUAUAAGGUAUACCCAUUUGGAGAGACUGGAGGAAGCAAGAAAACUUGAAGCAGAUGAGAGAGUGGAGUAA